GUCCGGUAGAAAACAUUCUAUCAACAAACGCCGUCUUGACUAUAUUCUAUUUUGUAAAUUAUUUAUAUUUUUUUAAGUGAAAAGCCGCAUGACCGGCGCUUCUGGAAGCAAGGAGGCACGCAAUGAACAUACCGGAGCAGCACGCGGGGACGCCCUUGGAGGUGGUCCAUGAGUUUGUCAAGGGCGUGGACGACGGCACCGUGCGCCGCGACCUGGCCGAGGACUGCAUCCUCAACUUCUACAGCCGCAAUGUGCGGGGCGUGAGGGCGAUCACUGGUUUUCUGCGUAGUCAGCUGACGAAUCGCUACCAGCACGCGGGAUUCGAUGAGGCGGCGGCGCCCAGCAUUGGCGACGAGCUGCUCCUGCAGGAGCGCUUCGGCAGAGCCUUCGACCGCGAGCGGCGUCGCAUCUACGAGCAGAAGGAGCACGAGUGGACCACCACCCUGCAUCUGCGUCCCGAGAGCGACGACGAGGAGGUGAUCGAGCAGCAUCCCAUAGCCCAGAUCACGCCGCCGCGUCCCUCGAGCUACGCCCUGCAUUCGCUGAAAUAUGUGGAGGCCAUUGGCCAGCUGAAGAGACGCGGAGUACUCAGCUAUGGCGGCCUGGACCUGGGCGAGUCCUGCACGGUCCACCUCACUCUGGGCUAUCGCACCACCCAGCUGCCGGGCAGCCAAGUGCGCGGCAUCGAGAUCUGCCUGGCUGUCUACGACCGCGGGCUGACGAGCCUCAAGCGAUCCACCUUGGCAGCUCCGCCGUCUGCUAGAUCCCUUCCACGACGUGGCAAUGGCCGCUGCAAUCCGAGCACAGACGACGAGGGCGAGGACCUUCCUUCGCCACCGAGCAGCCGUCGUGGCGUCCGGCGUACGCUGUUCACAGAGGAGAACGCCGAGGAGGAAGAGGAUCCCGACCCGAAUCCCGCGGUGCAGCAGGAGCAGCCAGCUCGACAGGUGGAGACACCGGAGAGACCACAAGAGGAGGUUAUUAGUACCUUAGAUUCCCCCCGAUCAUCAGGCAGCAUCUAUACACCAAGGAAACGCCAACAGCCAGCCAAUGGCAACGAAGUGGCACCCAAACGCACGCCGGGACCACAGCGGAUGCGUUUCUAGGCCCAAAGAGGUCUAGAGAAGACAGAUUAUGAAACCGAGUUAGCCCCUAGUUGCUUUUCCAAAUCUCCGUAGCACAAUUCUCUAUUUUAGGCUUUAGGAGGAUAGUUGAUACCCCACAAAUUUCCGUAAUAUUUUGAAGAAGACUGAUUGCACCCGUUUCGGUCCCGCCUUCAGGGACCCCGCGUCGCGCUAGGCUAAUCCCGAAUAUGUAUUGUAUUACAUAAUCCCAUGUAUUUAUUUGUGUAUUAAAGUUCAGUGUUAAUUA